AUGAAGCCUGUGGCUCCUCUCGGGAACCUGCCUCUUUCCCAAAUCCUUCGCACAUAUCUCAUCACCGCUAUAUCUUCCUCUCCGACUCUCAUGAAUGCCUCGACCAAAACUCUUCGUGCGAUGCUCGAGUCCUCGACUCCUCUUUUCGAUCUCAACCGGAAUCCGCUCAUGAGAUGGGUCCUCCUCGAGACAUUCUACAAGCAAUUCUGCGCAGGCUCGAACAAAGCGCAGAUUGCCAAGACGACUGAGGAGCUGCGGCAGCAGGGCUAUUCCGGAGUCAUUCUCGAGUACGCUCUCGAAGUGCUUACGGAGAAGAAGAGCGACGAGGCGAAAGAUAUUGAGACCUGGAAGAAGGGCAUGCUCGACAGCGUGGACAUGGCGGCCGUGGGCGACUACGUUGCGUUGAAAUGGUCGGGCAUGGGACCUGCGGCGAUGAGGAGGAUGAAAAACGAACAAGCGCCGAGUCGGGAGAUGGAAGAGGCUAUGCAUGCGAUUUGUAAAGCUGCUUCAGCGAAGAACAUUGGCUUGCUGCCCUCGGCUGAGGAGACUUGGACGCUGAACGGGUACCACAACUGGACGAUGGAUCUACAGCGAGCGUACAAUAUCGGUGGCAAGAGCAUCAUGUUCAACACCUACCAGGCAUACCUCAAGCAGAGCGCAGGGACCCUGGCGAGACAUUUCGAGGUCGCCAAAGCCGAGGGCUUCACUUUGGGCGUGAAAAUGGUGCGAGGCGCAUACCUGGGCAGCGAGCAGCGAAAUCUGAUCUGGCCCACAAUCGAAGCAACCCACAACGCUUUCGAUACCAUAACAUCCGCUCUGGUGCACAGAUCCCACAAUGACCUCGUCAACCCGAGCACCGCCUCAUUCCCAUCCAUCGACGUCGUCCUCGCAACUCACAACGCUGCCUCCGUCUCCAAAGCCCAAUCCUGGCGACAAGAACAAUCUGCUCGAGGCGAACAUCUCACCCCGCUUAUUUUCGCCCAACUGCACGGCAUGGCAGACGAAGUCUCCUGCAGUCUACUUGCGAACGCCAAGGCCAGCGAGGGCGAUGAGAAGGCUGUCAAGGAGAGAGUGUACAAGUACACCAGCUGGGGAACGAUGUUCGAGUGUUUGAACUACUUGCUCAGGAGAGCGGCGGAGAACAAGGACGCUGCUGGGAGGACGAGUGAGACGAGGGCGGCGAUGGGAGCGGAGCUGGGGAGGAGGUUGAAGGCUGGUGUUGGGCUUGCUUGA